AUGCAAAUCGCCGUCUACCUAUUGGCGCUCAGCCUCUCGGUCAGCCGCUUCCUUACGGUCGCCUUCCAAAGCCGAUUCUUUGACAUCACGCGCUAUUUUAAAUAUGCUCAGCCAAUUUUGGUGCUGCUCCCAUUUAUCGCCAUUUUUGCCUAUCAAUAUGCAACUAACACCUCAUGCCAUUUUCUCGUGCUCACCUAUAUGAUUGGCGUUGUCGGAGAGCAGGCCGUGAACAGCCCCGAACUUGCAGGCUUUUUGGUAUUUCAACAGAUUAUUCGCAUUUUCACGAUGGCAAUUACCUGUAUAUCAUUUGCAUUGGAUAUCGCGACUUAUUGGUUGCUUCGCAAAAGCCAGAAAAAGUUCAAGAAAACGCGCGGGGCCGAAGUUCGACUUUUACAACAGAUGCUAUUAAACCAUAUUUAUGGUCUAUCUGCUACUGUCGCGGGUGUCGCUUGCUCCUCAUUUUUCUACGAUACCUACACCUAUCGAAAGUUGCUGCUUUUUAUCCCAACCACACUUCUGCCAUUAUUUUUGAACGUAUUGGCUGGCCUGAUGUCCGUGCUUUUCCUCAGGUCAGGCAGUAAGACUCCAACUGUAGAAAAUACGCAAGAUUCGAUGGUAACCGGCGCAUUUUACUGCUGUAUAAGGCCUCGUGUUAUAAUCGUCCAACAAUCGAUUUCUCGAUCACAAAGGUCC